AUGAUAGCUAUUUUGUCAUAAAUAGGUGAGUCAAAUAAAAAUUGUAAGUUAUAUCCAUUCUCUGCUAAAGAUUGCAUUGAAAAAACAAAUAAUCUUGCAUGUAAUUUAUAGUAAUGAGAUUAGGCCUUUACUAUUCUUUUCUCAAUAAAUGUGAAGAGAUUUAAUUAACAAAUUAAGGAUGUUCUCCAUAUUUAAAUAUGGAAGCAUGCUUAAGAUAAUUGACAGAUCAGCGGUAAAAUAGAGUUUAAUGUAAAUAUUAUAUAUAUGAGAAAUCAGGUAUUUUUCAAUAGAGAUGUAUGGAAGUAAAAAAGAUUUAGUAGGAAUAAUAUGGAUGUUCAGAAAUGUUUAAUAAAUAUGCUUGUAUGAGUGUAGAGAAAUAAUUAUGUAUUUGGGAGAAUAAUAGGUGUAAUAAGUUACAGGAUAAUAUUACAAAUAAAUCUAGAUUAUGUAAUAUAUUUACAAAGCCAGUGACUCCAUAUACAUGUUCUUCUUUACCUUAUGGUCUAUGUAAGAAUUGAUGAAUAAAGAUAGGUAUGAGUAAUGGAUUUGAGGGAGACUUUUAGUGUAUAGAACUAAAGUAAAAUUAAUUAUCAUAUUUCUCAUGUAAUGAAUUAGGAUUAAAUGAAGAGAGUUGUUUAACUAUAAAUAAGGAAAAUUAAUAUUGUAUAUAUAUUUUAAUAGGAAAUUAGGUACUUUUGAAGAUAACAAAUGUACAGAAAUAACAUUAUCAUAAAUAAGAUCUUGUGAUUAAAAACUAAGUCAAUUUGCAUGUUUAUAAAUAACGAAUAUGGAUAUAUAAUGUGAAUGGGCAGAUUAAAAAUGUAGAAAAUUUUAAAUUGAUUCAAAUUGGAAUUGUGAUACUUAGAAUCAAGUAAAUGUUUCUGUUUGUUAAUUAUCGACAGGAUUAUGUUAUUAUAAUGAAAAAUAACGUAAAUGUUUGAAUGUUGAUAUAAAUCACAUUAAUAUGAAUAUGAUAUAAUGUGAUACUCCAGGUUUAUCAAAGUAAGCUUGCUUAUCAAUUCAGCAUUAGAAAUGUUCAUUUGCUAAAGGGAAAUGUUAAAUAUUAUCUGAAUUAGAUCUUAAUACUUUUUAAUGUCAUAUGGAUUUAAAUAAAUUAGCUUGUGUUAAUAUUAAGACACAUUUCUAAUAUUGUUUUUGGAAUGGAUAAAAUUGUGAAAGAAAGGUAAUUAAUUAAGAUUAUGAUUGUCCUUUAAAAUUAGAAAAUGAUAUUAUUAGAGUGAAUGGAAAUGUUUGUUAAGCAAUAUCUAAAGAUAAUGUAAAAUGUAAAUAUAAUGAAUAAACAAAUUUAUGUAUAUAGAGUUAAGAAAAUGAUAAAUGUAAUACUCCAUUUAUAAAUAAAAAUGGUUGUCUCAGUAUCAUAAACAAUGAUGAAACAUGUUAAUGGACAACUUAAGGUUGUAAAUAUAUUUAAGUUAUAUUAUAUGAAACAAAAUGUGCUAGUCUGAAGAGUUCAAAUCCAAUAGCAUGUUCUUAAGUUCUUGAAAAAGAAGAAAAUGUAGGUUGUUAUUUUGAUGUAAUAAAAUAAUAAUGUGUAAAAUUAACAGUUGAGAUAUCUUAAACUGCAACUAAAAAAGAAAUCCUAUAAUAUUAAAAGGAUAUGGAAUUACUAUCAAAAAUAAGUUGCAAAUAAAGAGAAAAAGGUUUAAAUAGAAUAGCUUGUUCUACUAUUACAACUAAAGGUAUUGCAUGCAUGUGGGAUAGAGAUAAAUGUAUCUAAAUAGAAAAUAGAAAGGAUAUUCAAACAAUUGAUUGUUUACAUUUAAUUUAUGCAAAUCAUAAAGCAUGUGCAUAUGUUUAAUUAGGUGGUGAAAUCUGUAGAUAUCAUAAGAAAAUCUUUGGAUGUAUUAAUUCUGUUGUUAAAAAUAUGGGAUGUGAUUAAUUGGGUUUAAAUUCAUUUGGAUGUUAAUAAGCUUAAGGUAAUUGUUAAUUUGUAAAUGAUUAAUGUUAAAAAGCAGAAGAUGUUAAAAAAUAUGAUGAAUUUUAAUUAGAAGAUGAUAUAAUUUAAAAUCCUUCUAUUCCAAUAGAUACUCCUGUUACUUGCUAAUCUACAUCUCCUUCUAAAUCAGUUUGUUUAUCUCUUUAAUCCAUAUCAUUAUUAUGUUAAUGGAGUAAAUCUAAAACCACUUGUGAAAAUGUAGACAUGAAAUCAAAUUUAAAAUGUCUAGAUUUCAAUAGUAAUGAUAUUUCUGUCAAUUCUAAUGUAUGUGCAUCUGUUAUUAAUGAUUUCCCAGAUUAUGAUAACUUAAAAGGAGUUUAAUUUGAAAAAAACAGAGGAUAUUGUUAUUACAAUAGAUUUACAUUUUAAUGUUAAAUUAAAUAAGAAUUAUGUAACACAAAAUGUUGUACUGAAACUGAAAAUAUUGGAAUGAAUGCUCAUGCAUGUAGUAAAUUUUCAAGUAAUGAACCAGGAGAUUAUUGUUUCUUUAUGAAUUUAAGAUGUUAAGAAUUGACAGAUGAUAUUGUGGAUUUAUCCAAUCUAGAAUAAAUUAAGUAAUUCUAUGAUGAAAAUCAAUUACCAUGUUAUUCUAUGAAUAAGAAUUCUUGUCAUAUGAUAGGUUGGUCAAAUGAAAAACUUUGCUAUUAUAAUGGAAUAGCUUGUAUAGAUCUCAAUUACUCCUACUAUAAAGACUAUAGAAUUUUUACCAAAGAACCUUCUAUCUUAAACAUAAAUGCUUGUUUUGCAAUAGAUGGAAUUCAAACUGAAUAAAAUACACUUAAAUAUGUUGGAUAUGAUUCUGAGAACUUGAGAUGCAAAGAAGUUAUAGUCACUACAGAAUUUCCAUAUGCUUAAUGCGAAGAUGUUAAAGGAAAUAGAAAUGUUUGUUAAAGAUACACAGGCAACAAUUAUUGUAAAUGGGAUUAAACUAAAUUAUAAUGUAUUACUAUACCUUUUGAUGAAUUUGAUGAAAUUCUAACAUGUGAUUUAGAACUUAAUAUUAAAGCAUGUACUGAUAUUAAAAAAAGUAGUUGUCUUUUUUCAUUUAAAACAGAUCGUUGCAUAUAUGUGAAUAAUUUUAAUGUAGACUGUAAUCACUUUGAUUCUUAGGGUAAGGUAAGUUGGUAAGUAUGCUUAUAAAUUGAUAAAUCAGAGUAAUAGUGUGAAUUUCAAAAUUAUUAAUGUGUUGCUUCUACUAAAAUUUCACAAACAUGUGAUGGUUCAUUAGCUAACAAUAGAUCUUGUUUUAAAAAUACAAAAGGACUUUGUAGAUGGGAUACAAAUACUUUUGAAUGUUAUACUAAUUACACAGAUAUAUCAUAAUUAAAAUGUACAGAUAAUAUAAAUAGAGAGUUAUGUAAAAAAAUAACACAAUAUUCAUGUAUAUGGAAUGAUUAAUCAAAUGAAUGCAAAGAAUUUACCACUAUGACUUCAAUUUAAUUUGAAACACUAAGUAAAACAGGAGAUCAUAAAUUUAAUCAAUAAGCAUGUUUAAUUAUUACAGGAGAUGCCUAUUAUUAUGAUACUAAUAUACAAAAAUGUAUUAAACUUACAAGUAAAACAGCAGAUUGUAAUGAUUUUUUAAUGAAUAAAUAUGCUUGUCUAUAUCAUACUCGUACUCAUCAUUGUUUUUAUGAUGAAUAGGAAGUUAUUCCAAAUAAUAAAUGUAAAAAGUUUAUAGAAGAUUAAACAAAAUGUGAAACAUCAUAAUUAAUAAAUAUUGAAGUCUGUAUGGAGAUUAAUAGUCCUUGUAUUUUUGAUCUAAGUACUCUCUAAUGUAAAGCAUUUACAAUAUAAGAAACAACAACUUGUUCAGAAUUAUCAAAUAUAACUACAUAAUUUUAACAUCCUAACAAAAAAGUUUGUUCCUCUGUUUCAUCAACAUUAAAAUAGUCCUUAGGAGAAUUACAAUGUUAUGAAGAUAAAGAAAAUUAAUAGUAAUGUAAAUAUGAAAAAUAUUGUUUUUGGACAAGUUAUUCUUGUUAAAUAUUCAAGCUUGUUUAUAAUUAUUAAGAAUCACCAAGUGGAUAAUAAUUAUUAUUUAGAGAAUGUGAAGAUUACUAAGAAGUAGACACUUGUUCUAAUGACAUCAUUUAGAAUAUAACAUCAGCAUAUAAGAAGUCUAUAUUAACAAAUACGGAAUUCCUUUGGGAAAAUUCUAAUACUACUUGUAGAAAAAUGAGUGCUAAAUUAGAAAAAGAACAUACAUACUUUUAAAUUUCUGAUAAUUUAAGAGUAUGCUAAAUUAAAGAUUGUUCAAUAAUUGAAUAGCAUUUUUGUCAAUCUGAGCAUAAUAUUCAAGAAAUUAUUCAGACCUUUCUACCAUACGAUGGUGCUAUAAAUCAAGAUGAAAAAGAUAAUAGUUAUUUACACUAAAUUCAGGUACUUACUGAUGCUGAAGUUACAUGCUAAAAUUUAGAUUGUAGUUAAUUAUCUGAAUUUGAUUGUUAAACUGAAAAAUAAUAAUGUGAAUAAAAACUUUUUUGUUAAAUGGAAUUUACUCAACCUUUUUAAUCAGCAAUUCAAGAAAGUUGUACUCCAUCAACCAUUUAUAUACAUAGUAAUUGGUGUAAUUUAAAGGAAAAUAAACUCUUUAUUUGCAGUAAUGUAUUUUCAAAAGCUUUAUGUUUAGAAUUGAGUCAUUAUUGUUAUUUUGAUAUUAAUUAAGGGGGUUGUAUGUAUAUCAAAGAUAAUGAACAUAACAUUUCAUCAUGUGAUUAAAUUGCAAACAACUGUUCUGUUAGUUCAAGUUAAAAAGCAAUUUGUUAAAAUGGAUCUGAAAGUAUCAAACCAGGAGAUAAAUGCAAAACUGUCUAAAAACUUUAUAAAAGUUGUAUACCACUUACUACAUAUAAUUAACCAUUUUCAUAUGAAAGCAUAUUGAAUACUGAUUUUUAACCUAUUUUAUGUGCAAAAGCUAAUAAUGAUUGCAGAUAUGAUGGAAUUGUAUGUAUAAAUACAAUGCCAACAAAAAACUCAAAUGGAAAAUACCCUUGUGAUAAAAGCUUUAGUAAAUCAUUAUGUGAAAAAUGUGAAUGCAAUUAUACAUAUUUAGGAUAUUGUCAAUAAAUUAAAUAAGUACCUUAAAUAGAUUAAAAUGGAUCUAAUAAAUAAUUUCUAUGUUAUUAAGUUAAUUUAUUAGAAACUACUUUUAAAGAAGAUAUUUGUGUAAAUGUAGACUAAGCUUGUGCUUUUGCUAAUGGCAUUUGUUAAGAUGCUACUCAUUAUUCAUGCAAUAAUAUGCUUUUGUAUAAAGUUUCAUUAAAAACAUGUUUGAAAUGUAAAGAUUAUGCUACGAAAUUUAUUGAUAAUGAAAAGAAAUGCUAUAAAAUUACCGAUACAAUAUAAAAUACAUGUGUUAAUCUUAAUAAAUAUGCUUGUCUUAGAAACACAUAUGGAGUUUAAUGUAAAUGGGAAAACUUUAGUUGUUAACAAUUAUCAAUAUAAACUAAUAAUAAAAUUGAUUGUACUAUUCUAAAUACUGAUGCUUGCUAUUAGAAAUAAAUAAAUAUUUGUUGGAUUGAUCCUAUAAGUUCUUUAUGCAUCAAAUUUGAUCCAUAUAAAGGAUAAUGUAAUUAAUUAAAAACUGAAUCUCUUUGUUUAAGAUCUAUGGUUGCUAAUUGUAAAUGGGCUUCUAAUUAAUGCAAUCAAAAUACUACUGGGUUAAUACCUAAUAUAUGCGAUAAUUUAAAUCAAUAUUUAUGUUUAAAUUCAGUUAAUAUUGCAUGUGGAUGGUCAGAUGUUUAUGAAAAAUGUUAUAAAUUAGAAUUAAAAUCAAAUCCUUCUUCUUGUAAUGAUUAUCUGUAGAAUGAUUAAUAAACUUUUAUAAAUCAUUGUAAUGCCUAUACUUGUACUUAAAUCAAAGUUUAAUAGGGUUGCAUUCAUGAUUAAUAUUAUAAAUGUAGAGAAGUUAUACCAACAGAUGUUAUUUCUUGUGAAGUAUAAACAAUUUCUCAUAUAAAUGAAUAUGCUUGUGCAAAAUUAGCAAAAGGAAAGUGUAAAUUUUUCAAUAGUAAAUGUGAAAAAACUGAAGAAUCAAAUUUAGGUUGUUAAGCUUAUUUAAAUUAAGAAUCUUGUCUCCAUUAAGAUGCCGCUUGUAAAUUUGAUAUCUAUUGUUAAUCAUAUGUUAUCUAAUCGAUUGAAGGUAUAAGAACUCUAUUUCCUUAUACUUCAGCUGUUUGUAAACCUGUUGAUAUGGUUAUUAAAUCUACGGAUGGUUAUGUAGAUAUUGGAAUUGCCUUAAUCUAUAGUGUGGCAUAAUAAAAAUGUCUAGAUAUUACUAAUAAGAAUAUCAGUAUUAAUGAUUGUACUUAUAUUGGCAUGAAUAAGUACUCAUGUCUAUUAAAAACAACCCAAUAUUGUGAAUUUAUUAAUAGUUCAUGUAGAAGAAUGGAAUUAAAAGAAAUAUAAACUUUGAAGAUCUGCAAACCCAGUUUGAAUCAAUAUGCCUGUAUUAGAUUAAAUGUUUCAUGUAAAUUUGUACAGGGUCAAUGUGUUGAACUUAAUGAUAAUGAUGAUUGUAUUACGUUAUCUUAAAACAAAUCUAUUGUCAAUUAGAAGGUAUGUUUAAGAGAUAGAGACACUCCUUGUCUCUUCAAUUAUAACACUUAAAGUUGUGAAGUUAUUACCACACCUUAAAAUUGUGCUGGUCUUAAUUAUAAAGGAUGUAUAUUCAUUACUUAAGGAUAUAAUUGUGAAUUCAAAAAUUCAAAAUGUAUUACAUCCUUUGGUAAUGUUAAGUGUCUUGAUGAUAUUAAUGAGGGUAAAUGCUUAUCAGUUAUUACUAAAGGAUAAUAUUGCUAUUUUGAUCAAAAGAAUGGAUGUAAAAAUUUAGAUACUUCAAUUGUUGAUCUAUCUAAAUGUUAAAAAGAUUAAUUGUAAACUAAUCCCUUUACUUGUUCAAGAAGUACUGAUAUUCCUUGUUUUUUUGAUAAACAAAAUAAAAAAUGUAUUCCUUACACUGACAAAACUUAAUCUAGCUAUGAAUAAAAUUAUAGUUUAUCAAACAUUUAUUCAUUUAAUAUUCUGACAUGUUAAAUCUUUAAUUCUUUAAAAGCUCUUAUGUGGUAGGAAACUUGUUAAAUUGUCAAAAGUUCUUAAUUAGUCUAUUUAAAAUGUAAUGCAGCAUUAAAUAAAAUAGCAUGUUUAAGUAUAAAGACUCCUUUUUAAUUUUGUUAAUAUUAGAAUAAUAGAUGUGUCAAUGCUAAUUUGGAAGAAUUCAAGAAAAUUCCAUGUGGUUAAAUUAAAGAUAUUAAUUCAGGAGCGUUUUGUUCUUUAAAUGAUUAAAAUAUACCAUGUUAAUUUAAUAGUUCUUUUUUUAGAUGUGAAGUGGUAACAACUUCUGUUAUAGGUUGUGUUGAAAAAGAUCCAUACGAAAAGGGAUUGAAUAAAAUAGCUUGUGACCUUGAUCCUGAAAAUUGCUAUUUCGAUGAAAAUUGUUACAGAUUGAAUCGUAAUGGAUUCUAAUUUUGUAGUGAUAUCAAUAAUAGUUCUGGAUUUUAAUGUAAAUAGGUUACAAAUGAAGGAUGUAUGAUUCAAUCUAAUUUGUGCAAAAAAAUUUAUUAUCAAUCUUAUAGCGAAAUCAAAUGUGAAUAAGCUAUUAAUAGAUAUGGUUGUGUUAAUGUUUAAACAUAAAAUUAAUAUUGUUAAUUUGAUGGGGAUGAAUGCAAGGCAUAAAUUGUAAAAUCAUAUAAUGAAUUGAAUUGUUUAAGCAUAGUGAAUAUAAAUAAUUAUUAAUUUUGUGAAUAGCCUGUGGAUAUCCCAUGUACAUUUGAUUUAAAGAAUAACAGUUGUAGGAAUGUAUACCCAUAAGAAGAAUUCUCAUGUGAAAGAGGAUUAAAUAGGAUUGCUUGUUUAACUUAGACAACAAAAAGUUUAAUGUGUUCAUUCCUUGAUUAUUGUUAUGGUCCAAACAAUGGGAUAUUAAAUUGCACUUAUUAAGAAGUAGAUAAGUGUUGUAGAGAAGCAAAUUCAAUAGAUACAUGUUUAAAUUAAAAGAUUUAUGAAUGUGAAUGGACAGUUAAUGGAUGUUAGAGUCUAUAAAAUAGAAUAACAGAUUGUGAUAAAAUAAUAAAUGCUAGUUUUUUAGUAUGUGCUUCUAUCAGAGACACACUAUGUGUAUAUGUUGCUAGUUAAUAUAAAUGUUAAACUUAGAUACCAACUACAUGUGGUUAUUCUUAAUCAAGUUAAUAAUGUAAAAGAAUGAAAUCUGUUUAAUGUAUAUGGAAAAUGGAUUAAGAAAUAUGUGAAUAUUCAGAAGAAUCAGCUUAUUUAGGUUGCUCAUUUGUUACAAAUUCUUCUGGAAAUCAAAGAUCAUGUAUGAAUGUCGAAGUGUAAGGUUAAAUGUGCAUUUACAAAGAUGAAUAAUGUCUUCUAUUUAUUUAAUAAGAAAAUUAAAAUAAUUGUUUAGACACAAUCAAUAGAAAUGCUUGUUUAUAAUAAACUAUAAGUGAUUGUUAAUGGAUUGAGUAAGUAUAUAGAGUUAAAAAAUAUUUAUAUCAAGAAGAAGAAGAUGUUGUAUAAGGUUAAUGUAUGCCAAUUAUUAAUAUUAAUUCAAUUUCAUGUUCGAAUUAUAUUAGUUAUUCAGCUUGCUUAAAAAUAAAUAAAGCUGGAGAACAUUGUAUUUGGAAAGAUUUUUAAUGUUAAUCAAUUAAUGAAUAACCUAUAUAUAAUACUGAUUAACUUACGUUAAUUAAUUAGAAUACAUGCAGUUUAGUCAAUAAUGGAGAUUUUGUUAAGUAUGAAUAAUCUAUUAAUGGAUGUGUAAUUAUUUAAAAUCUAGAUGAAUUAACUUGCAAACCUACUAUUCUAGGAAUUAAUAAAGAUGCAUGUUUAGCUAUUAAAACUUAACCAUGUACUUGGAAUAGCAUUUAAAAAUAAUGUUAUUAUUUAGAUAUGUAUCAUACUUUUGAUUCAUGUGAAAGACCUGAUUGGACAAUCAUUUCUUGUUCUUAACUUGAUAUCAAUUAAUCAUGUGGACAUACUAAAUAAGGAUGUUAAUUAGUUGAUAUUAACAUUAUCAAUUGUACAUAUCCUGGUUUAAAUAAAUAUGCUUGUUUAAACAUCUCUAAAUUUCCAUGUAUUUGGUAGAAAAAUGAAAAAACUAAUUAUUAUUAUUGUGAUGAUUAUUUCCCUCUCACUUCAUGUUUAUUAGUACCUAAAGAUGUGAAUCCAAUAGUUUGUUAAUUAGUUAAUUAAGAUAUUUGUUAUUUUGAUAUUAAUAAACAAAAAUGUGAUAUUCCAGAUCUAAAUCAAACUACUUGUGAUUCAAUGAACUUAAAUAUUUAUGCUUGUAUUCAAAUUGAGGGUUGUAUAUUUAAAGAAUUUUGUCAAAGAGUUUAAAAGUAAUAUUAUUAUUGUGAUGAAUAUCCUAUUGCUAAUUAUAAAGUUUGUCAAAAUGCAUAGGAUUCUUGCAAAUUCAAUGAAUUAACAUUUGGAUGUUCAAAAGCUUCAGAAGAAUUAUGUGAUGCUAAAGGAUUAAGUUAAUUAGGUUGUUAAAUAUAAUAAAAUUGUAAAUUUACUAAUAAUGAAUGCGUAUGUCUAAAUUCCAUAAAUUAUAAUUGUAAUUCAAUCAAAAAUGCUUAAAAAUGUAAUUAAUCUGAUCAUUGUAUUUAUAAAGAAAAUAAUCAAUUAUGUGAAUGGAAACAAUGUGAAGAUCUUGUUUAUGAUGAAUGUAAUGGUAUUCGCAUCAAUUUAUCGUAUUGUUAUAUCAAUAAAUUCAAUUAAUGUAGAUCUGCUAAAUAAUGCUAAGAUAUUAUAAACCCAUAAUUUACCUGUCCCAUUCUUCAUAAUAAACCUUGUGUAUUUAAUUCAAAUCUAAAUUAAUGUGAGAAUCUAAAUUGUCAUUUACUUGAUAAGAUCUAAUGUGAAAAUUAUAAUAAUUAAUGUAAAUUUGUUGGAUCUUGUAAAUCUUUGGAAUGCAAAGAUUUAGAUCAACUGCCUUGCUAAAAUAAUUAUGAUUGUCUUUGGAAUUUUAAAGAUAAGAUUUGUUAAGAUUAAAUUCAAUGUUCUUAAAUAUAAGAAUAAUAAUUGUGCAACAACAUGCAAAAUAAUAAUUAACAAUGUUAUUGGAAUAAAAAUUAAGAUCGUUCUUUUUGCAAUAAUACACCCUGUAGAUUUUUACCAACUCUACCUAAAUGUUCAGGAAUUGAAAUUGAUGAAGUAGUUUGUGUUUAAUUAAAAGAUGACACUUGUGUAUCAUGUGAAGAAAUAUCAAAUCCAUGUGUUUGUCUAGAAUAAACUAAUUUGUGUAAAUAUGAUUUCGAUUAAAUGAAAUGUACAUCCAUAAUUUGUGCUAACUAAUAAUCUUUUGAUGAAUGUCCUUAAAAUCGUUGUGUAUUUAAUUAAAUAGUAAUUUUUUUUAUUAAUGUAGUGCAUGUAAAAAUGCGAAAAUAUUUGGAAUUCUUAACUAUGCGAAAAAUAAAAUAACGAUUGCGAUUGGAAAGACAUGAAAAUAUGUGUGGAUAAAGAAAAAAAAUAAAAUGGGUAAACAAAAAUCAUUUACAAUUAAAAUUGGGAUUAUAUAUAUUUAAUUCCAUUGGUCUUGUUUAUUCUAUAUUUUUGA